GUAGCUGAGAGGAAGAUCUAGGCAUAAUGUGACGCAGCACUUUGGCUCCCAGAGCGCCUGGGGGUACUAUUGCUUCAUGAAGCCCCCUUCCCAAACAAUCACACGCCCACAUGCGAACAUCAAGAGUUACAGAAAGGGACAUAGAAGUAGCUGCAUCUAUUUUUUAUUUUCUACGACCACCGUUUGUCUACUCCUUCUAGUCCUAGAUGAUAAAGGUGCAGAACUUUUGGGAUUUGGGCUCACAGAAUGAGUGCCGUCACCACCGAGGACCAGGACAUGUUCUGUGAGAAGGCAGUGGCCCUCAUCGUUGACCUCUGCCUGGAUGACAGCUCUCUCCUGAACCCGGAAAUCUGUCAGGAUUUCCUUGUGCUUCUGACCAAUGAAAACCCCAACAUCUCCAGCGCAGACAUUUCCUUCAGUCUCCUGCUGUUUGUAUUUGUGGUGUGUGGUUUGGCCCUGCUGGGUGUCAUCAGCGUCGCCACCUGGAAGCUGUGCUGGGUGCCCUGGCGCAGCAAAGUGCUUUCCUGUAGCGCCACCGCCCUUGCCCCCACCCGUCCAGAGAGAGACCAACACAAAGAAGAAGGUCACGGUGACUACUACCCAACCUUCAGAGACAUUAUGGCAGCAGACAAGCUGAAGGAUCCUGGGAACUUUCUGGAGGCGGCAGUGAAGAUUAGUCAUACGUCGCCAGAUAUCCCCGCAGACGUGCAGCUGUCCAUGAAGGAUCAUCUGCUGAGACGUACACGGAUCUCAAGGCAAACGACUGAGCCUGCUUCCUCUAACAGAUACAGUGCAUCAGAUCAAGAUGAUUCAGCAGCCAAAUUUUGUAUUGCCAGGCACAGUUCCUUCAAAAAGCACCUUCCCAGGCAGAUGCACCAUGUCACCAGUCUGGACCGUGGAAGUGAAUUUUUAGAUGUGGAGGACCAUCCCACCUGCACUGCUGCCUCUCUUGGCCGCAUCCAACCAGAACUUUACAAACAGAGCACCAUGGAGACUGAGGAGUCAUCUAAGAAUAGCCCUGCCAAAACAUGCGGCAAGAUCAACUUCUCCCUAAAGUACGAUUAUGAGGGAGAGCUCCUCCUCGUCACCAUCCUCAAAGCAUUGGACCUACCCGCAAAGGAUUUGUGUGGCAGCUCCGAUCCUUACGUCAAGAUCUACCUGCUCCCUGACCGCAAGCGUAAAUUCCAAACUCGUGUGCACCGCAAGACGCUCAACCCCACGUUUGACGAGACCUUUCAGUUUCCGGUCCCGUACGAGGAGCUGGGGUCCAGAAAGCUCCACUUGAGCGUCUUUGACUUUGACCGCUUCUCGCGGCACGACAUGAUAGGCGAGGUGAUACUGGAAAACCUUUUUGAAGUUUCAGACCUGUCCCGGGAGACAUCUGUCUGGAAGGACAUCCAGUACGCCACUAGCGAGAGUGUGGAUUUGGGAGAGAUCAUGUUCUCUCUCUGCUACUUGCCAACUGCAGGGAGACUCACACUUACUGUCAUCAAAUGUAGGAACCUCAAAGCCAUGGAUAUUACCGGUUAUUCAGAUCCGUACGUGAAGGUGUCACUGAUUUGUGACGGGAGACGACUGAAAAAGAAAAAAACUUCCAUAAAAAAGAACACCCUGAAUCCAGCCUAUAAUGAGGCGAUUAUCUUUGACAUCCCCCCAGAGAACAUGGAUCAAGUCAGCCUGCAUAUAUCAGUUAUGGACUAUGAUCUAGUGGGACACAAUGAGAUCAUCGGAGUCUGUCGUGUGGGGAUCCACGCCGAAGGGCUUGGGAGAGACCACUGGAAUGAGAUGCUUACUUACCCUCGAAAACCUAUUGCUCACUGGCACCCACUCAUGGAGCCCAAGAAGUCUGAGAAGGAGGUGAAUGUCUUAAAAGUUUCCAGAGUGAAAAAAGUGCAUUUUAAUUUCAAUAUUUCCAUCUCUCCCUCUCUUUCUUUCCGUUUUCCGUCUCUUUUUCAGUGGAAGACUCGUACCGCAAGCUUUGACAGUCAGGGCUCUUGCCCAUCUCCUAGACUCCCCUCCAGUCCAUAAGGAAGGGAUGACCUCUCUAUACAUCUUUAAGCCAAGUAUCUCCCAGGGACUGAUGGUGAGAUCCAAGAUACGUCCUUAGACAUUGUGUGACACAACUUAAGUCUGUGUGGACAUGUAUGAUGGAAUAGGCAAAAAGAGGGUACUGUCCAAACCUUUCCAAGUGCAAGUAAGCCUAGCCGAGCUUUAGCUUUUUUGCAUUUGGAUUGAAAUGUUGCUUUCUUACAUUGGGUAAAUUCACAAGCCACUACCCAAAGAUGUUGAACGAUACACUUCAAGACGGAUUUAAGCAACUCAGAAGAGUAAAAGAGUGUUUUUGUUGAUGAAUAUUGUAUAAUUGGUAUAUGUAUAUUAUAUUUUAAUGGACAUUAUAAUAGUAUGAAGAUAUAGUUUAAUAUAUAUUUAGCCUUAACUUCCUUCUCAUUCUUUUUUGUCUUCUUUGAAUAUUAAAUACGUGUGAAGAGUUUUUAUGAUUGAAGAGAUAUUUGAAGCCCUCGAUAUGUUCAACCUAUUGAGAUAUAUUAGCCAAACUGUAUAUUGUUUACAGAGCAGAGAUAUUCCAUUGAUCUUCCUUUUGUUUGUGAAGUAGUAAAACUGUUCUGCCACGAAAAAAGCCAAUGCCAAGAAUAAUUUGUAUCCUGUCUACAAAUAUCUUAUCAUCAGUGUAAAGUUUAGUUUUUUUAAACAUUUAAGUUGCUGAUCGUCCUAUGAGUACUUAGAAUCAUUUGUCAUAGUUUUCUUUGACCAACUUGAGUUAACUUAAAUGAAGCCAUGCACAGCUGCACCAAUAACAUAGAGCCGGCUUAAAUCAUCAUAAUUUCACCACGCAGUGAUUGUAGCUUCCAAAGUAAAACCAUAAUGAAUACCAAGGGUUGUGUGUCAGAUCUAAAGGACGCAAAAAAUCCUUGACUUUUUAUCGAGACUUGAAACAGUAUCAUUGUGUAAAUUAGAACCACUGUUUUACAAAGACCAAUUUUGUAUUUGACAUAAAAUGUGUUCUGUUUUCUGUUCUGUAAUUUUCCUGUUACCUUUAAGGUGUUUUCUCUUCAGAUAACAUGAUGUAUUGUGUUGGCUGGCCUGGCUGGAACUCAUUGUAUCAAUAAUCACUGGAUCUGGUGUUUCUGUAUGAAAUGCCUGAUUCAGAACCACUUUUCAAUUUUAUAUAGAGACUUUGUAUUUGUAAUGUACAGUUACUGUUUCAGAACAUCCCAUUGUACUUGAAAGGUGUGAUUAAAUUUCCUCGCUUCUAUC